AUGGCGCGACAGGCCAAGUCCCGAGCGAAGCCUCUUCGUGAGGGAAGCGCUCCUACGGCCCACGAGGGCAACACUGGUAUCCAGACCAGAUCACGAGCCCGGCUCCCACAGCAAGAGGGUAGCGUCAUGGCCAAUACCGAUUCUCGAGCCCUCGGCAACAAGCGACAGCUUGGGCAGACAGUGCCAUCCGACCACAUCUCAAAGAAGAGCAAGAAGGCUGAGGAAGAAGAGACUCUCCGAAAGAGAACCGAGGAGGAAGCAUUGGAGAAGAACAAGAAGGAAGAAGAAGCUCUUCGGAAGAACGAACAAGAGGGCGCCCUCCGCAAGCAGGCUGAAGAGGAGCCUGAUCGACAACGGGCCGAGGGGGCAGAAGGUGUCGAGACAGGUGGUCAAGUGACGACAACCAGUGAGAUGGAAGUCGGGAAUGGCCAGGAGGGCAAAUCCCAGGCCCAGACCAGAAUGAGAGCGGCGGGGAAGAAGAAGGCGGGCAAACAGACGGCCCGCAACAUGGCGAAUGAGGAGGAUGAGGAGCAAGAGGGACCAGACGCCGAAGGGUCCAACAACACCAACAAGCAAGCGCCCCCGGAGGAAUAUCACGAGAUCCCCUGCUGCAACUGCGCCCGCGAUGCAGCCGACGGCAACAAGACCAUCUGCACCAUAGUCAGAAGUAGCAAAGUAGCUGAAAAGGACGGAAAGCAGGGCAUCAAGGCUGGCAAGAGAGGCAAGAUUCUUGCCUCCUGUAAGAACUGCAUUGCUAAAAAGCUCACCUGCCAGCUCAUAAAGUGGAACAGAGAUCUUGAGGAUGCGGGUAAAGCCAUCCAGUCAACCAUGAUAGAGAAGGUCAGAGACCCUCUGGCAGAGAAACCAUCCGGCUGGCCCAAGUGGACGGCGGUGGUUCGGGACAAGGUGCCUCGGUCAAACCCGACGCCGGCGCAGAUCAGCUCCGACUUGACCGACCACAAGUCGGCGUCUAAUCAGCGCAUCAUUGAGCUUGAGGACCGGGUCAAGGCCCUUGAAGAACAGAACUCCCGCAUGGCAGCCACCAUACAGGCGAUCGAGGGCAGGCUCGGUCCAGUCGGGGAACAGCAUCCGCAGGGCUAUGAUGCUGAUGGUUCAAUGAACCGACAUACACCUGGGUACGGCCAGCCCAGCUCAUUCCAGUACCCGGCCCCUGGCGGUGCUGGGGGGUGGUAG